GGAGUCAUGGCAGGACCCGCCCUCCGCAGCGCCCCCCUACGCCUUCUAGUCCUCCUGGGGCUCCUAGAGCUGAGCCUAGCGGGCUCCCUAGCACCCGGAUCGCCUCUCCAGACCCCGCCCGAGAACCACAUCGACCCGCGGGGCCCCGCGCUGUGGACGUCCCAGACUGGCCACCACCGCCGGCGGGGCCUGGGCAAGAAGGAGCGAGGAGCGGGCUUGCCCGGGGCUGUGGCCACUGCCUCCAGGCUGCCAGGGCAGAGCCCCGCAGGCCUGCAGGACAAAGACCUGCUCCUGGGGCUGGCGCUGCCCUACCCCGAGAAGGAGCAACGGUCUCCGGGGUGGGAGAAGGCCAGGAGACGCGGCCGCGAGCACAAGAGGCGCAGGGACAGAGCGAAGCUGCACAGAGGCCGAGCGCUGGUCCGAGGGCCCAGCUCCCUGAUGAAGAAGGCGGAGCUCUCUGAGGACCUGACGCUGGAGGCCACCAUGGAGGAGUCCUCCACUAGCCUGACCCCCGCCAUGCUCUUCCUCACCACCCUGGAGGCAGCGCCCGCCACGGAAGAGUCCCUGGUCCUUCCUGCCACCUCCCUGCAGCCCCAGGCACCGCCCCGGUCUGAUGCGGAGGUGAUGCCCACGCUGGACAUGGCCUUGUUUGACUGGACUGACUAUGAGGACUUAAAACCCGAGGUCUGGCCCUCGGCGAAGAAGAAAGAGAAACACUGGGGUCUGUUCUCCAGCAGUGAUAACGAGACAUCACCAGCCGAAGGGGAGCCCUGUGACCAUCACCAAGACUGCCUGCCAGGGACCUGCUGCGACCUUAGGGGACACAUCUGCAUACCCCACAACCGCGGCCUCAACAACAAAUGCUUUGAUGACUGCAUGUGUACAGAAGGGCUGCGCUGCUACGCCAAAUUCCACCGGAACCGCAGGGUCACGCGGAGGAAAGGCCGCUGCGUGGAGCCCGAGACGGCCAACGGCGACCAGGGCUCCUUCAUCAACGUCUAGCCGCAACCUGCCUGGGGACUGAGCCCGGGAGGCGGCUGGGGCAGCUGGGAGCGCGAGCCGCCCAUGUCCAGGAGCUGAGAAGCGGCGCACCUGCUCCUGCGCACCUGCGCCGCUCCGCUUGUGGUCCUCAGUGGCCGCGUCGAGAGUGCCCUCUACCGUCCGACGGCAGCACUGCAGCAGUUUGAAAACUACCCGCCGGUUUUGGAGAGAGGAAGCGAAAGGGGGUGCUGGGCAGGAGAGUCUGGAACACCCCCGUGUGCCAGGCGCGGUGCUAAGCGUGUGGCAUGCAUGACCUCAGUGAAUCCCCACAGCAACCUUUCCAAGUAGGCGUUCCCAUUUUCCAGGUAAGGACACAGAACCACACCCGAGUUACGAGGUUUGUCCAGAGACCCGGAUGAAAGCUCCUCGAGCCUUAACGUGUGUAGGAGUCACUGGGGACCUAGCUAAGACGUGGACUGGGAGAUUCGAACCUGGGCCAGGGGCAUAGAUCGCCAAGGCCUUGUUCCUGCCCUUCCACAGCUGAGAAUUUAGUCGAGUUUCUCCGUGGCUUCCAGCAAGAAAAAAUGCAUCUCCCGGUAGUUCCUCUUGCUGUGGCUGGAAUAUUUGUCUGUUCUCGGCCUCCCUUGGACACGCGUGCUCUUUUUAUUUUAAUUUAAAUGCUCAUUAAUCACCUGUUUGCAGUAAGGAAAGCUCCAGGCAUAUUGGUCCCUCCACCCUCAGGGAGCUCAUAUACCCUGAGACACAGUGAUCAGGGGAAACAGUCAGGUUCCUUGAAUUCCUGUGAACCUGCUUAUCCUACUCUGGAACUUGCACUUGUCCUGAGAGAAUCUGCCACAGCAGCCCUGAUGCUCACAAGGUCCCUAAGAAGGACUCGAGUCACCCAAAUACACCCACUUUGCAUAUCGUUUGCUGUCUCAUGGCCUCCCAGACAUCCCUGGACUCUACCCCACAGUUCUACAGCAGAGCCCAUUGGGAAGCGGGGGCACCUCUGCUGUGAAGCACCCCAACAGGCCAGACACACGCUGCCUACCCAGAACAUCUGACCGGGCACUUCUGACCCCAGACAGCUGCUCAGAUCCCCCCACCCGGCAUCUGAACCUUCUGGUCCAGGACAAACCAGCCUGCAAAUGGCAAAAGCCUUCCCCGUCCAGAUCCUCUCUGGCCUGGACCCCAGCCAGAGGGUGACGGGGCUGUUUUCUGCUUUGGGGAAAUCAGUCAAGGGCAGGGUUGGCACCCAGGAAGGUAACAGAUCUAGAAGAAAUCAAAUAUGCUUGCUCUUCUCUUGCUGUCCGAGUCUGAUAGGCAUGGGAAUCUUGGGGGCAGAGAGAGGGCAGGAGAACUGAAAGGGAUCAAAGCCGGCUGGCAGGAAUGUGGGCCUGCAAGCAGUGCUGUGUUUGAGACCAGACCCGCUGAAUGCUAGGGAAUAGGCGCUGAACCCUACGAGGGGCUGCAGAGAACUAGCAUUGUCAGGACUAGAGGGCCUAACCCUGAAGCCCCCGGAAGUCAGCGAUGGAAACAGAGGGUCAGGGCUCAGCUAAAAGGGCCUGUGCCUGGAAAUUCCAAUCCCCUCUUUGCCCCAGCUACCGCCAUUUUGCCUUUGCAAAGUGGGGACAGGAGAGUAGAAUCCUCUUAACUCCCAAGCUGGGGAAUCUGCCCCACUGGAACAUUCUUAAGUUUCUUCCAGGUCUAACUAAGUUUCUUCUGCUGGUGCAGAAGCCAACUUCCUCCAAUCCAGAAUUCAGCAAACCUUUAGGUUCUGCAGACCUUAGGGUCUCUGCCAACCCACUCAACUCUGCCACAGCCGUGGACAAGAUGGAAAUGAAUCGGUGUGGCUGUGUGCCAGCAAAGCCAUUUACAGACACAGACUGGAAUUCCAGAUGACUUCCCCGGGUCACAAAAUCAUAUUUGCAUUUUUUUUUU